AUGUCCAUUCUUCUGGAACCGCCUGAGUUGGGGUUCAAACGCCCUUUCGAUCGCGAAGUCUGCGAGAUUCUACACUUGAGCAAUAAUAAUUCAGAGCCCGUGGUCUUCAAGGUCAAAACAACCGCUCCGAAACACUACUGCGUUCGCCCUAAUUCAGGACGGAUAGAACCUGGCAAGAAUGUGGAUGUCCAUGUGCUACUUCAGGCGAUGAAGGAAGAGCCUGCGCCUGAUGCCAAAUGCAAAGACAAGUUCCUGGUUCAGACCGUCGCCGUGACUGGUGACAUGGAGUUUUCCAAUGUUUCUUCAAUUUUCGAGAAAGCUUCAAAAUCCUCCAUCCAGGAGCGCAAGAUCCGUGUGAACUGGCUGCCUGCAGAGUCCUCAAACGUUGAGCAGGGGAAGGAGACAAAUGGAAUUAGUGCACCCGAAGAAGAACCCCCUUCCUAUACGUCACCCGGCGCGAACUAUCAAACUCCUGCAGUUGGGGCGGCUUCCACCAAAAUUUCCAAUGACACGUCACCUAUCCCACCGCCAGAUUUCAGCGAGAAGCCCAAGCGGGAUGCGUUCGCCCAACAAUCGAAUGAGGCUUCAGUCACGUCUGCCAAAUCAAACACAUCGGGUAUCCCAGCUUCAGCCGAUGAGCUGAAGACUCAACUUUCGGAGGCUAAUGCUCAGAUUCAAAAACUCAAAGAGAGACUUGCGGACCAGGGAUUGAGACAGAGGAAGAUUGGGGGUGAGAACGAGAAAACAGCGCCUACGAUGCAACAACAGCAGGUUCAACCCGUCGACGCAGGUGUGCCAUUGCAAAUCGUGGCCGGGCUUUGCUUGCUAAGUUUCUUGAUCGCGUACUUCUUUUUCUAG